UGUCAGGGAAAAAUCAGUUCGUUUUUGGCUUCCCUUGCGUUUGGACGUGUUUGAAAAAUAUACUCGGAACGUAGCUAAGUGAAUAUAAUCUGGCUAAAUACAUACAUAUGUAUCUUAUCUAUAUAUGUAUAACCAAAUAAGCUAAUUUGACUGUCAUAAUAAACAGUUGUGCUAAAAUAAAGUAAAAAAAAUAAAAAUAUUUCGAAAUAAACGGAAUAAAUAACAUCUAUGUGUCUAAUCAGUCUUUAAAUAAGGCGUUUAGUGAUUCUCAACCCUAUAUUGAAAUACUGAAAAAAUUCAGCAAAAAAAAAUUGUGGCAAAAAAAUUGCUAAAAAAUCAGAAAAUCAAACAGUGUAGAAAAUUAAUUUACCGUGCAAAGCGUUUGCUUACAUUAAAGUGCUUUAUAAAAAAAAAAACGGUAAAUUGUGCUAACACUGCAUAAUAAAAUACUGGAUACGCAGCUUGACAGCGCAAAAAACUGCAAACAUAAAAAAAGCGCACACAUAAAUAAUUGGAUUAUCCGCAUCUACUAACUAUAAGCAGCUUAGCAGCACCACCAUCUCACCCAUUGGAUUAAGCAUUUUUUGUGGAUUAGCUGUAUUAUUCAACGUUAUUACCCACGCUUUCUACACAACCUCUGGAUUUGCGUAAAAUGGUUGUUUUAGAAGGUGGCGGCGGUGUUGUUACCAUUGGCAACAACCAAUAUUUGCAACCGGAUUACUUGUCACCCAUACCGACAACGAUGGACGCCAAGAAAAGCCCACUCGCUUUGUUGGCCCAGACUUGUUCGCAAAUUGGCGCCGACUCGUCGGCUGUCAAACCAUUGCUUGCUAUGGAUAAAUCAAAGAAAUCUACAUCGUCAUCCUCAUCAUCAACCUCAUCGAAUGCCAGUGCAGAUUUGAGUACUUCCAAGUCACCGAAUCAGGCCAAAUCACCCAAAUCCACUACACCCACCACCACCGAGGUGAAAUUGGCUUUUAAACCAUACGAGACAAAUGUGCUUAGCGCUCAAAAUCACAAUUCAUUCAAGUCGUCAUCAACAAUCGCGGACGAACAACGUCCCAGCUCGAAAUGCUCCUCCAAUGGCGGUAAUGAUAACAAUACACGCGUACCAUCGCGCAGCAAGUCCAAUUGCACACCGGAUGCACACAAAUUGGAGAAUGGUCACAAUGGCGCUACACCGACACCCGGCGAUAACAAUCGCAAAACAGUAUCACCCGCCGGCUCGUCACAACGUGGUGCCAGUCCGAUUGUGCGCUCCGGCAUGGAAGUGUUGAAUAACGUCAACGGUUCAGCCACACAUCCAAAGGAGAUGAGCAGCAUGGCUGCCGCAGCUGCUGCCGCUGCUGCUGCUUACAAAGCAGCCGGUCCAUACGGCAUAAAUCCAUUGUCUGCACUUUGCUGCCCACCCGGCAUGGAACAACACGCCAAUCCCGCUUUCCGUCCACCAUUUGCCGGCGGCUUUUCACAUCACCAUGCGGCCAUGUUAGCUGCUGCUGCUGCUAGCGGCGGUUAUCCAGGCGGUCCCAACGGACCGGGCACACAACCUAAUCCCUACAUCAGUUAUCAACGCAUCAAGACACCAUCGGGCGGCGAAGCUAUUGUACCCGUCUGCAAGGAUCCCUACUGUCCCGGCUGCCCGUACUCGGCACAUACCCAGCAAAUGCUUAUGGGCGCACCUUGUCCGGCCGGUUGUACUCAGUGUGAACACCAAAAAUACGGUAUGGCUAUGAUGGGCGGCGCUGCUGGUCUCCCACCGAGUCAUCCUUACUCACAAGCCGCCGCUGCUGCCGCCGCAAGUGCUGCUGCGGCACGCUCUGCACCAUACGUAUGCAGUUGGGUGAUAGGUGAUGCCUAUUGUGGCAAACGUUUCCAGACCUCCGACGAACUCUUCUCCCAUCUACGCACACACACCGGCAAUCUAUCGGAUCCCGCUGCUGCCGCUGCAGCAUUGGCACAAUCACAAGCGCAAUCACUACUGGGCACACUCUUCCCUCCAUCAGCUCUGCGUGCUGGCUAUCCAACACCACCAUUGAGUCCGAUGAGCGCUGCUGCUGCUGCGCGUUAUCAUCCUUAUGCCAAACCGGGCGGCAUACCAGCAAGUGCAUUGACAGCGCCCUCCGCAUUCGGCAUGACCGGCUUCAAUCCGGCUGCUGCAGCUGCAGCUGCGGCACUGGGACCAUACUACUCACCGUAUGCGAUGUAUGGUCAACGCAUUGGCUCGGCAGCCGUACAUCAGUAAGCGCAGCGAGCUUUCAAGUGCGAGGCUAAUGAGACGAGCAUUAGUAGAAAAAAAAACGACAGACAACAAGGCUAGUCAAGGAGAACGAAAGGCUAACCGUGUGAUCUUUGAGUGUUGCGCGUGCGCGUAAAUGUCGAUUGCGAGGCCAACGAUAAAUGGGCGAUAAGUGCACAGUGUGCUGCGCGCUCAGUUACAAUCUGCAUACCAAAAAGCAAAAGCAAAAUUUAAAAAUAAAAACAAAAGAUGAAGGAGAAGAGCAAAGCAAAGAUCUGAAAAUGGUGGUUAAAAUUGCACAAAAUAGGCAAGCAAAAAAAGAAAAUAAAAAUAAAAAAUUUUAAACAAAAAUAAAAACGUUAAAAAUGAUUAAUACAUAAUUGCGUUUCAGAAAAGGAUAAAAAUCAUAAUAAAAAAAUUUCAAUUUGAGAAUGCGCUAUUGUUGCGAUCAUUUUACACUGUGAUACUAAAAUGUAGUUGGAUGCUAGGCUUAUUAGGUUUUAAAUGAUAAAAAUAUGACUUACAUACAUACAAACAUGCAUGUAUACUUAAAUACGUUUACAUAUGUGCAAAAAGCGUAAAAUGUAAUUAAAUGUUUUAUUGUAUUUAAUUUUUUUUAGUUUUAAAAUGCAGCCAAAGCAUUUUUCCAAUAACCAUGAAACCUUAAAAAAACAAUCACUUUAACUAGUUUUUUGUUACUAUUAAUUUUAAUAUUAAUUACUAUGUACGUACGUUUUGCUUUUAAUUAUAUAAUUUUAAGCGUGAAAUUUAUGAAUUGGUUUUUUGUUUAUGCAGUGUAGAGAGUCCAUUCAAGGGCCUUGCACAUGCAACAAACACAUUCGUUUAAAUGGCUUUUUAAAAAUCUUAAUUUAGCUAAGUAAUAAAUGUAACAUAUACACAAACAAACAUACAUGGAAAACAUGAAAAACUUGACAUAUUUAUGUACAAACCAUGUUUAACUGAAUAAUAAGCGCUUGUAUGUGUUUAUAUACUACAAACAAAUCUCUGUAAAAAAACAAAACAAAAUCAUAAAAAAGUCAGAAACUUUAACUACAAACUUGAUGGCAUAAUUAGUUUUCAUUUUACAUUUAAAUGAAAAUAAUAAAAAUACAUAUUUA